AGAAUUUUUUCUUUCUCGUCAUUCCACCUACGCUGACUAUCACGGUAAUCAGAGGUGGUGGAGCCAAAACUAGUUUUCAUUUUCUUUGUUGACAUAUCUCGAAAUAAAAAUGGGUCAAGUUGCAUGACAAACGCUGAAUGCCCUGCCAAAGGCAAAUGAGAUAGUUCACUAUUGGUUUGAAGGUUACAUUUUGGGAAAAAUACAGUCAAAUGUCUGACCAAGGUGCAUGCGGAGACAAUCUGUUCUCCGCUGCUAAGCAGUUGGCAGAAACUGAGAUACAUCUGAUCAAGGUAAUCGAGGGUACACGAAAAAGCAACAGAAAAGUUGUCACGAGCAGUAUGACAACUAUGGUCAAGAAUCCUCCAGGGAAAAAGACAUCCAGGUCAUCCAAUGUUAGACCUUCCGCUGCCUUAAUAGCAGCAAAGCGAGAGGCUGCGCAACGCAAGCUAGUUCAUGGCAAGAAACCUGUGAAUAAUAUUCUUAGGGACUUUUAUCAAAAGGCAAUUGAUGCUCAAGUUAUGACUCGAAAGGAGACAGGUCUCGUCUAUGAGCCUUCUAUGGCAGAGCAUAGAUGUCUGUGGGACAAAAGUUAUCCAGAAUGUCCUGAAAGGUUUACAAGAAUCUUAGAAAGAUGCAUGGCUCUUGGAUUAGUGGAUCGCUGCAAGUCCAUCAAACCUCGUAAUGCUACACAUGAAGAGCUACUUCUCCAACAUACUGAGGAACAAAUUGAGAUUCUAAAAGCCACAGACGGAUGUAUAGAUGAAGAAAGUCUGGAGAAAUUAUCAUCUAAAUAUGACGCUAUCUACAUACACCCUACAACUUACAGACUAUCACUGCUAGCUGCUGGGUCUACCAUAAAUCUGUUGGAAAAUAUCUGUAAUGGCAAAGUUCAGAAUGGAAUGGCUAUUAUAAGGCCACCUGGGCAUCAUGCAAUGAAGGCUGAAUAUUGCGGUUACUGUUUUUUCAAUAAUGUAGCCAUCGCUGCUAAUAAAAUGUUAGAUAACAACUUGGCAAACAGAAUUUUAAUCGUUGACUGGGACGUUCAUCACGGACAAGCAACUCAGCAAAUGUUUUAUGAUGACCCAAGAGUCGUGUAUUUUUCAAUUCAUCGAUAUGAGCAUGGGGAGUUUUGGCCGAAUCUCAGAGAGUCCAAUUUCAAUUAUGUUGGGGAGGGAAAGGGAGAAGGAUACAACUUCAAUGUGCCACUGAAUAAAACUGGCAUGACGAAUGCCGACUAUCUUGCUAUAUUCCAACAACUCUUGAUGCCAAUGGCUUAUGAGUUUUGUCCCGACCUUGUCGUUGUGUCUGCCGGAUUUGAUUCAGCAAUAGGCGAUGCAAAGGGUGAGAUGGAAGUAACGCCGGCAUGCUAUGCGCAUCUGUUGAAUUCACUUCUCAGUUUAGCUGGUGGAAAAGUUGCGGUAGUAUUAGAAGGUGGCUACUGCUUGAAAUCGCUGGCCGAAGGAGCUGCGUUAACCCUCAGAACUCUGCUAGGUGAUCCCUGCCCAAUGAUGCAGCCCUUAGAAAAGCCAUCUAAGAGCAUACAGGAAACAAUCUUGAAUGUCAUCUACAUGCAUAAAAGUUAUUGGACCUGUUAUCAGUAUCAAGAGACUUACAGUUAUCAUGCAAUUACAAACGAUUUAGAGGAAAAUACCAACAGACAUCUGCCUGUCGUUCUGUUCAGGGGUGAUGAGACUAAGCCAGAUCUAUAUGCAACCAGAGAUUGCUAUCCAUCUCAAAGCGAAGAUUUUCUGUCUGAAAUUGACGUGCAAUUGGAUUUAUUGAUCGAAUUCACCUACCUGGGUAAGGCACCGAACAAAGUAUGUGUUGUCUAUGACGACAGGAUGUUGAGUCACACGAACAUUCCCGAUAGUACACAUCCAGAAAAACCUGAGAGGAUAGCAGAAAUAUUUGCGAAACACGAAAAGUACGGUCUUCUCAAACGGUGUCACCUGCUGAAGGGAAGAACAGCGACCGAAAUAGAGCUUGCUCUGGCCCAUUCCAAAGCGCACAUCGAAACCAUGAAAAAAACAGCAUCGACUAAGCUGAGGGAUCUCACUAAGCAAGCUUCUGAAUUAAGAUCCGUAUACCUGCACACAGAAACAUGGAAUAGUGCCCGCGUCUCUGUGGGGUCUCUGCUCCAAGCAGUGGACAGCGUUUUGAAUGGGGAAAGUCAGUCGGGUGUAGCGAUUGUCAGGCCGCCGGGUCACCAUGCCGAAGAAGAGGCAGCGUGUGGUUUUUGCAUUUUCAACAAUGUCGCAGUUGCUGCUAGAUAUGCGGUCGAAAAUUUUAACUUGAAAAGGGUCUUGAUAGUCGACUGGGAUAUCCAUCACGGUAAUGGCACGCAAAAUAUUUUGGAAAGAGAUCCAAAAAUCUUGUACAUAUCGAUCCAUCGGUAUGACAAUGCAGGGUUUUUCCCCAAUUCAAAGAAGGCUAAUUAUACUGUGACGGGGGCUGGUCCUGGUGAGGGAUUUAAUGUGAACAUUCCUUGGAACAAGAAGGGGAUGGGCGAUCCGGAGUACAUAGCAGCGUUUCAGCAAAUCGUCAUGCCAAUUGCGUACCAGUUCAAUCCAGAACUUGUAUUGGUGUCCGCAGGAUUUGAUGCGUGCAUAGGCGAUCCUCUGGGAGGUUGCACUGUAUCACCGGAAGCCUAUGGCCAUUUGACUCACUGGUUAUCAUCAUUAGCAAACGGCCGCGUCAUUCUUAGUCUGGAAGGUGGCUACAACGUUAAUUCUAUUUCGUAUGCAACUUUGAUGUGCACAAAAGCUCUUCUGGGAGACCCAUUGACGGUUCUUGAGCCGCAACGAGCUCCAUGCUCAAGUGCCGUCAAUACGAUCAACAAUGUUCUGAGGACACAGAAGCAGUACUGGCCAAAUUUAAUGUUUCAAAUAUCUUUGCCGAAGGAAAAUGUGCUUCCAAAGAUGAAGGGCUCACGGAAUAAGACGGAGAGGCGAGCGGAUGCACGGAAAACUUCGGAAUCUAAGAUCGCAUUUGAGGAACUAGAGAGCGAAAAAUUAGAAUUUUCUUUGCCGAUCAAUAAAAGCACUCUGAGCAUGGUAACCGACGAAGAAAUCACCAGGUUACAAAACGAGAUUGAGAAUAUGAAAAUCAAAAGCCUUGAAAGUCACGUACCAAACAUAGAUAUUGUCAGAGAAGAAGCGACUACGGCAGAAAACAAACAAGUAGUGAAUGUAGCCCAGUCGGGGAUAAAGACGUGUAUAAAUCCUCAUCAGAAACAAGGGUCGUCUCAAGGUGGAUCAGCCAGGGAAAAUGACGGUGAUGGUCAGAGCGGUAGUGCUGGGGAAGGCGGCGCUAUUGGGAAUUCUCCAAACAAUUUGAUGCAGUACCUCGCUGACAACAUGCAGGCACUGGUGGAUGGAGAAAUGUUUGCAAUUAUACCACUGCGAGAUUGUCCCCACUUGCCAACGGUCGCAGAGGUGCCACCCGGAGGAAUCGACGUGCGAUCUCCUUGUCAGGAGUGUGGCAGUACGGUAGAAAACUGGAUUUGCCUGCAGUGUUACACUGUUCAUUGUGCAAGGAACAUUAAUGAGCAUGCUGUGACACACAAUCAGGAAACGGAGCACCCGAUGACGCUGAGUUUCAGCGAUUUGUCUGUGUGGUGUUACGGAUGUGAUGCUUACAUUGAUAAUCCUCGGCUGUAUGCAGCGAAGAACGCGGCGCACAGGAGCAAAUUCAAUCAAGAUCUGGCCUGGACGUACGACAGCACCCAAACCUCGUAAUCAUUCUUAGUAAGCAGUGGUAUGAUUUAACGCUUUUAUUUUAUCCUGGAACAUUAUUAAUGUUCAGCAUUUGAUCCCUAUUAACGCGCAACAAUAUGAAUAUUUAUACCGCAUAUUUCGGCACUGCGCUUUACCUGUUUAUAAAUUGUUGAUCUUUGCUAAUUUUAAUACAAAAAUGAAUAGCUCAGAAAUUGCUGAUCGACCCGAGGUAUAGGAAUCCCCCAAGAAGGAAAAAAUACCGCUCAAGCUGUAAGAAAUACAUUUACAGCAAUAUUACAUCCCGUUGUACGGUUACCCUUGGUACGUGAAAGAUAAAAAUAUUUAAUUAAAUCUAAGAAAAAUGUACCACAGAAAAUAAUUAUUAGAACAUAUUGAAGUUUA